AUGACCGGCGGCGUGGGCGUUGGCGGCGGCGGGGCGUGCGCGGUGUGCAAGCACCAGCGGCGCAAGUGCGAGCCCAACUGCGAGCUUGCCGCUUACUUCCCGGCCAACAGGAUGAACGACUUCCGCGCGCUGCACCUCGUCUUCGGGGUUGCCAACCUCACCAAGCUCAUCAAGGCCAACGCCACCGAGGCGGCCCGCCGCCGCGCCGCCGAGACGCUGACGUGGGAGGCGCGGUGGCGGGAGCGCGACCCAUCCGAGGGGUGCUACCGGGAGGUCUCCUGCCUCCGCCGCGAGAACGCCGUGCUCCGCGCCGAGAACGCCGCUCUCCGGCGCCGGGCCGACCAGUGUGCGGGCUGCUGCGCCGGCGCCCUGCAACAGCAGCAACAACAACAAAUGCUGCUAGUCUCGGCUUACAACGGCGCACGGCCUCCCGGCAGCGUGCUGCACGGCGCUGGCACUACCGGUGUCGUGCCCGGCGGCUUCUACAACGGCAAUGCCGGCGCUGGCGUCCGUGGCGCCAAUGGCAACGGGGCGAUGUCCGUGAGGCCUCACGCGUCGGUUCCGGCGGCGCAGACGACGAUGGCCGGAUAUUCUCAGGGUGAACGCUACCACGCCGCGUCGAACGGAGCAAACGGCGCCGGCGCGCCGAGGCCGGGCGCAGCUGGUCAGGUGGAGUCCAGGGAGAAGAACAGCGCGAGGUGA